UAUCGUUCGGUAGAUAACGCAAGAUGACGGGCUAAGUAGAACUGCACGCAACUAUUAAGAAGUGGGUUAGGCUAUGUCGCGUUAAUGCAUCUUGAGGCACUUUUCAUUUCGGCUCUCUGGCGUGCGACGCCGGCCUGAACCAUAGUCGAUUACUCGAUGUUUACGGACCGAAAGAGGACCUUCAGCAAUCUGCAAAAAGAAAAAAAAAAAGGUUUUGACAACGCGUUGGUGUCUUCGCGUCGUUAUCAUCAUCUUGUCGCGCGACGUUUGAUAACGUCGGAGGCCGCACCGACAAGCGCGCGUACCCGUAAUCGUCGUGAGGCCGCCGGAAGAAAACGAUGCGGGUCCCCGGUUGCCGAGUCAUCCUGCGUCGCGGCGGUCUGCUACGCUCGUUCUUCGCGCAACAAGUGCGUCGUGCUAGCAGCGACGAGGCUCUGCAGCGGACGGCAUUGUACGACUUCCACGUGAAACAUGGCGGCAAAAUGGUUCCAUUCGCGGGCUACUCCAUGCCCGUGCAGUACAGCAACCUGAGCCUCACUGCCUCGCAUCUGCACACGCGGCGCCAUGCAAGCCUGUUUGACGUCUCGCACAUGCUGCAGAGCAAAGUGCACGGACCGGACAGGGUGCGCUUCGUCGAAUCUCUCGUCGUCUCCGACAUUGAAGGCUUGGCAGAAGAUUUAGGUACGCUCACCGUGUACACGAACGAGAAAGGUGGCAUCAUUGACGACCUCAUAGUGAACAAGACCAAGGAUUGGCUGUACGUUGUCUCAAAUGCUGGGUGCAGAGACAAAGACUUGGCUCAUGUCAAGGCAAAGCUGGCAGACUUCCAAGCUGCGGGACAUCAGGCCACACUGGAGCUCAUGGAUUCCUGGUCACUGCUGGCCAUUCAAGGACCGGCAGCAGCCGAACUUUUGCAACCACUUGUUGACUGCACACUGGCAUCGCUGCACUUCAUGCGAGGUGCCACAGUGACCCUUGCUGGCAUUCCCGGCUGCAGGCUCACCCGCUGCGGAUACACAGGAGAGGAUGGCUUCGAGUUGUCGGUGCCAAGCACAGAAGUGACGGACCUGGCCGAGGAGCUGCUCUCCAGCUCCAAAGGGCAACUGCAGUUGGCUGGCCUUGGAGCUCGCGAUUCCCUUCGCAUCGAAGCCGGUCUCUGCCUUUACGGUCAAGACAUCGAUGAGGACACAACACCUGUUGAAGCUGGCCUUGCCUUCACCAUUGGCAAGCGCAGGCGCCACUUGGCUGACUUCCCGGGUGCUCCUGUGAUCCUGGAGCAGUUGAAGCAGAAGCCCAGCCGACGACGCGUAGGGCUGGUUGCCACAAGUGCAGGGCCUCCUGCACGCAAUGGCGCUGCGGUGUACGACUCAGCAGGCUCAAAGGAACUGGGACGCGUGACAAGUGGGCUGCCUUCACCCAGCCUGGGCAGCAACAUUUCCAUGGCAUGCGUGCCUCGUGAAUACAGCACGGCUGGCACGACUGUACAGCUUGAAGUGCGCGGCCGCCACAUUGAGGCUGUCGUGACACGCAUGCCUUUUGUACCUAGCCAUUACUACACUGGUUAGGCUGCUGACACAAUAAAUUCAACUUGUGAAAUUGCA